GAUAUGUUGGGUGUUUAUGGUUGCAAAUUGAGGACUUUCUUUUCAGCCAGCUAACCAUCCAGGAGCAAUCGUUUGAUGUGCAACAUGGCUUACGGAGCAUUUGUGUUUGCUUUGUGCUUUGCCACCAUGCAUUCAGCCACUGUUUCGGAUAAAUCCAAGGGGUUUAUUCGGGUUCCACUCUCUGAUCCUGAAGCAAAUCUGGCUGCAGAUUAUGCAGCGACUGCAUACAACAGAAAGUCUGACAGUCCUUACCUCUUCAGACUGAGACAACUCAAAAGCGCGAAAUAUAAGAUGGUGUCCCUGGGAGUUAAGAUGUACCUUGUGACGUUCGACAUCAUGGAAACCCUUUGUCAGGAACACAUGACCCUGAGAAUUUGCCCUUUCAGAACUGAUCGUGACACUGUCAUGGGUACAUGUCAAGGAGUCGUCUAUUUUGAACUUGGAUUUCAAGUUAAAACAUAUAAGACAACCUGCGAUCUUCUAAAGCCUGUGAAAGAAAUGGUGGAGAAACAUGUUGCAGUGGUUUGUGAAGGAUGCCUGAUGUCAGCAAGACCAGAUGACCCCUCAGUAAAAGAGACUGUGGAGCUAGCAUUGAAAAAAUACAAUCACGAAAAUAAGGGGAGGAGAAAGUUUGCUCUCAGCAAGAUUACAUUCGCCACCAGAGAGCUAUCUGAAGGCGAGAGAUACUGGGUCAAUUUUAAAAUCCACGAGAUGGAGUGUCCAGAUGAUGCAAACCAAGUUGCGUCAAAUUGCUCGCUCAAGCCCCUGGGAGCAGCAGUGAUAGGAGACUGUCACGCAGAAUCCGUGUUUCCAGUCGCUGGGAUGAGCGGUCAUAUUCAAGGAUUUCCAAAGUGCCAUUUGAUUCUGCCGAUCCUGGAUGAAGAUAUUGUCGCUGUUAAUGCUUCUUGCACUGGCUGCUCAUUGCCCUUGAACACCAAAGACCCACGUGUACAGAGCAGCAUAGACUUUGCCAUUUCCAGAUUCAACAACAAGAGCAACGAGGCCUUCAAAUAUGCUUUGACGCGAGUUAUUUCAGCUGAACACGAGGUUUCAGCGGGCGAGGAGAUUACCGUGCAUUUCGAUCUUAUCGAAACGGAUUGCCCCAAGGUUAAUGAAAGCACGGAGGAAACAUGUGAACCAAAAACUCCUACAGAAGCGGGAAUGGCUAACUGCUCGGCUGUGCAGAAGUACGACAUCUUUGGGAAACUUUUGUAUCACAGGUUAAUGUGUGGCCUUGUGUGUAGUGGGACUGUUCGUGAACUCGAUAUUGUGGAGGUGUACAUGAAUGGAACAGAGGAAGAGACCAUGCAACCUCUGGAGUUGACAGAACCCACAUCCAACGACAUGACAAAACUCACAGCUGAACCUACAAGUGAACUUGCACCUGAGCCUGAAGAGGAACCUGAUCGAAACACCAGGCGGUGAUUUCAGGGCAAGAGCCAAAGCCCACUGCAGCCACUGAAUUCACGGAUUCUGACUUGUUGAUCAAGUAAAAGGAAAGUACUUGAAAGCAGCUUGAGUUACAAGCCCACUCAGUCAAACUAGUGCGUUCAGUCAAGAAGCACGAUCUGUAAUCAUUAACAGUAUUACUUGUAACACAUUGCUUCUGUGCUGUAAUGGACAGCGGUUGAUUUCUAUGGUAAAUAAAUGCAGCUCAUG